AUGCAACUCGGAUCAAGAGAUUCAUUUGAUAUCGACCUUGCCAUCGAGUGGUUGGUAGCUGCUGGUGGGGUGUGCUCAUUCAGACCCUCUAACAAUCGAGCACUGUCUGUGAAGCACGGUGUUUGGAAGCAUAACCCUCAUCCACGGUGCCUUUUGAUCUGCCAACGGCCGUCGAAUAAUAUACGAGCGUGGCACGGCACGGCGGUCGGACAGUUGCCUCCAAACGUCCACGAGGCUUCUACAAUUAGAAGUGAAAACGGAGACCUGACAUCCUCCCAAAGGCACCUAUGCCCUCUCGAAACCCUCAUCGACCUAAUGAGGGGAUAUAUGAAUUCGUCUUCGCCUAAUUCAAGUCCCACCUCACCAAGCUUACCAGACGGAGCUCACAUUGUGGGUCAAUGGAGAUGGGUGGUGACAGUUCUACACGAACGUCAUCUCCACAAGGAGGAGCACGAAUAUGAUGCAUUUCAUUCCGAACUGUUCACGGACAUUAUUGCUCAAUUAGGCCCUAUUCUACACGACGUUGUAAAGGUAUGUUACGAGCUUACAUCUGACGAACGAGAGCUUGAUGUUGUUUUCAGUUCAUUCUUAUACUUGUCAGCCUUGCAGUAUCUAAAUAGAUCCAUGGUCUUAUCUCAAUGGGGUAAGAGUCACUCGACCUAUGAUCUCGUCCCGCAGGGAGUCUCUGUCGAGUUGAUGGCUACCGAAGAAAAAAUGAUGGCACGACAGUCCUCUCUCUCCCACGAUCCCACCAGCUUUGGACAUGCCACUAGCUCAGAGGAAGGAAUGUUGCCCUUGAAUUGGUUAUCGAGUUCUUUGUCGCCGCCAAUUUCCACUGUCCCACCAUUCUCCUCAUCUACGAAUGGGCUCAGACAUGAUUCCGUGUCAGGAAUUCUUCAAGCAUUCCUCACCACCAUCCCUAUCUGUUCCUCUUCCAUCACUUCCUCGUCUCAAGCGUGA